GUGAUUUGAAAAUUGCCAUGGGGGAAAAUGAGUGGGAGGGGAGGAAGGAUUGGGGCCAGAUUGGAGAGGGGUCAAUUCGAAAUGUGGAUGGGCAAUUGUGAUUUUGAAAUUGCCAUGGGGGAAAAUGAGUUGGAGAAGGAUUGGGGCCAAUUGCAAUUGGGAAGAAAGGGGGCCAACCCAGAGGCAGAUUGUGAUUUUGAAAUUGCCAUUAUUGUUGGGCAGUGUCUGAAAAGGACAGGGUGGUUUGAAUUGAGGAAAUUAAGAAAAUACGAGAAAGGUGUUCGAGAAGACUUAAAUAGUAGUAAACUUGACGACAUACUGUUCACGCAAUAUUUCUAUGUUUUUAUCAUACAACCUGAUUCAAAAACAUUUUUUUUUAAACUUGAAAAAACUAUGCUAAAAAAUUAAUAUAGUCAAUUAAAACAUUGAAAACAUUAAUAAAGAAUUUUUUUUAUUGAAUUGAUUUUCAACGCUUAUAUGUCAAUGUUUUCAAAUAAACUCUAUAUUAAGGCAAAAAAUUCAAUAAAUCCUAAAUAAAUAAUUUUAAAUUAAA